AUGCCAGCUUCUUCCGGUCCGUCGGGGGAGCUUCCGGCGGAGUGCUCGUCUGGUAGGAACUUUUCUGUCUCCGGAACCUUAGCGGCCGCUGUCGCGUUGUCGCGUGGGGCUGUCCUUUGGAGGAAAAUGGCGGGGGGCGCCGGGGCGGCGACCUCCUCGCUGCGGCGCGACAAGCGGUUGGUGUGCGUGGAGUACCCCGGCGUGGUGCAGGACGUGGGCAAGAUGCUGCUGACCUUGGGGGGCGAGGAGGGCGUCUCUCGGAUCUAUGCUGACCCUGGCAGGAGGCUUGAGCUCUACUUCCGUCCCAAGGACCCCUACUGCCACCCUGUGUGUGCCAACCGUUUCCCUACAUCUUCUAUGCUGCUUAAAGUGAAAAGGAUGACAAGGAAGAGGCGGACAGAAGCAGGAGAUUCUGAGGAAGAUGUUAAGUUUGAAGUAGAGAUUCUCGGGAUUGUUACUACUGUCUAUAAGUUUCAAGGGAUGUCUGAUUUCCAGUAUUUGGCAGUGCACUCUGGACCCGAGGGCAAGCACACCUCCAUGUAUGAUAAAGUGCUGAUGCUCAAGCCAGAGAAAGAAGAAUUCUUCAUGAGUGACCUGCCGCUGUACAUCCCUCCACCCAUUUUCUCACGAUUGGACACUCCAGUGGAUUAUCACUAUCGGCCAGAAACACAGCAUAGGGAGGGAUAUCAUAAGCCCCCGGUGUCUAGUGAGAACCUGAUCGGACUCAGCCGGGCUCGUCGGCCCCACAACGCUGUCUUUGUCACCUUUGAGGAUGAAGAGAUCCCUUCGAAACCGCUAGAUGCAGCUGAGCAGACUUGGAAGAGAGUUUGCAGCAAUGCCGUUGAUCACAAAGCAGAGGAAGAACUGAGAAAACUCUUUGAGGUCCGUCCUGUCUGGUCUCGCAAUGCCGUGAAGGCCAAUAUUAGCAUUCAUCCAGACAAACUAAAGUUUCUUCUGCCCUACUUAGCUUAUUACAUGGUAACAGGGCCCUGGAGAAGCCUGUGGGUUCGCUUUGCUUACGAUCCCCGCAAACAUCCAGAAGCAAAGAUCUACCAGGUCCUGGAUUUCAGAAUUCGCUGUGGAAUGAAAUAUGGAUAUGCUCCGAAUGACAUGCCAGUAAAAGCAAAACGCAGCACGUACAACUACAGCCUGCCCAUCACUGUGAAAAAGCCAGCGACUCACACAGUUGGCAUCCAGGACCUCAAGCAAGGGCUGAGCACAUCCGGGACACCCAGCCCCAGAAAGCCAGCUUUUAGCAAGUACAAACUGAAGGACUCAAUUUAUAUCUUCCGAGAAGGCUCCCUUCCUCCCUAUCGACAGAUGUUCUACCAGCUGUGUGACUUGAAUGUGGAAUGCUUGCAGAAGAUCAUCCAUAGGAAUGACAGCAUGGAGGCGCUCUGCACAGAGAGGGAUGGCUGGUGCCUUCCCAAGACCAGUGACGACCUGCGGGAUACCAUGUCCCUCAUGAUCAAGCAGCUCAUCCGCUCCAAAAGGCCCGCUCUGUUCACAAGGACGUCAAAUGCCGAUGACAGCAAAGAGCAACUAACUUUUGAGUCUGGGGAGGAAGAGGAGGAAGAGGAGGAGGAAGAAUUCAAGCCCUCAGAUGGGAGUGAAAAUGAAAUGGAAACGGAGAUUUUGGACUAUGUAUAAUUCCCCCAGAGCUGACCUUUUGGGCCUCUUGCUAAGGCAGGCUCUGUCUUCCCCCAUUUUUGUGAGCCUGCUUGGUCUGCAGACGUGAUCUGGUGUGUGCAGAUCCAUCUCUGUCUUUUUGUGGGCUGGGCUGUGCCCAUAACCAUUCUCAACGUAGGCCACCUUUGGGUUUCUUCUAAGCUUGGAGUUAGUGGCCUCUGACCCUAAGCCAGGAUGUUGUCAUGUCCCCCUUGGGUCUUGCUCUUUCUUCUGCUUCCUGUCUUCGCAAGGACUCGUCAUCCACAGCAGCCUGAAUUCGCUUCCUUCUCUGUGCUGCUUCUCAGCAUGCUGUUGCCUCGGAUCAGUGUGGGCUGAGGAGGACAUCAGAUUCUGACUCUUGCAGAUGUGCUCAAAGGCAGCUGUUGUGGGAGUCCUGCUGAUGUCUGUCCUCGAGACCACUGAAAACUGGCAGAGGACGUGACGGCAGUGCUUUUGCUGGGCGGGCCACAUGGACAGAGCUGGUCAAAACAAAGCAGUUUGAGGUCUCUUUUAUGGAGACUCCGGUGUGUACUUGUGACUCCCUUGUUUUUGAAAACAAACUGGGCCUCGAAAACCUGCUCUUGUCUUGAUGUUGUUUUUCCUUUGGAAUAAAACUUUGUUUUGCGUCUCCAAAAACAUUUUGUUAAUUGGCAUUUUUUUCAAAGGUUUUAAUCCAUAUAGCUAGAAGGGUUUGAAAUCUCAAACUGGCAAAGUGGCAAGUGUUUGGGUUGGUUUUUGGUCCUGCAGAACUUCUGGACAUUCCCCGUGGUUGAAUUGUGUAGAAUGUGAAAUAUACUAACACCUUUUAAUUUGCAUAAUAUAUAAUGAAUGCAUUAUUUCAAUUCAGAAAGCAGGUUUUUUUAAAGCAUCUGGCACGCUUCCCUUUGUCCUGGAUGUGCUUUUGCACCUGGUUCUGUUGAGCAAGGAGUUAAGAGGAAAUGGAAGCCUGGAGCUGGUUCUCCACUUGAAACCAGCCGGGUUUAAGCAGAACUGGAAACACUCCCAGUGUCGCGUUGCUAAGUCACUUACGGAUUUGAUGCUGCUGGCACUUGACAUACUGAUGCAGGCAGACCUCUGCGGCACAG